GAGAAAUAGCAAAAAAUGCCACAAUCCCGUGUGAAUGCCGUGACACGCAAGACGCAGGUCAAGAGAAGAGGAAGAAGAGGUAGGAAAAGGGCUUCUUUGUCUUCUGACCUCCGCACCCCGUUUCAAACAGGAAAAAAAGCGAGAAAUAGCAAAAAAAUAGGUAUAAUCCCGUGUGAACGCGUUGACACGGGACGCGUGUCCAGCGGGGCCUCCCUGCGGGGGCGGGAGUCCGGGGGAGGCGGCUCCGAAGGCGGGGAAGGCUGCGGGGCUCCUCCCGCUGGGCUCCGCCUCUGCCUGCCUGGCUCCCUCCCUCCUUCCCCGGCCGGGCUGCCUCUGCCUUUUCCCGGGGGCUGCCAAGUCUCCGUCGCCGAGCCCGACUUCGAAGGCGGCGAGGGGGAAAAAAGGAGCCGGCGGGGGGCAGCGCCUCGACCGGGCUGGGGGCGCCCUCCCUGCCUGCCUGCCUUCCUUCUUUCGUCCCUCCUCCGCGGACCACGAGCAAGAGCCCCCGCCGCCGCGCCAAGCAUGCCCGCCCGCCCGGGCUUCCUCGCCCGGCGCCCGCCGCUCCUUUCUCUCCUUCUCCUCUUCCUCCUCGGAGCCGCCUUCUCCUCCGCCGAGCCCCGCUCGCGAAGUUGCUCCGAAGUCAAGCGGCUCUACGUGGCCAAAGGCUUCAGCCAGAACGAGGCGCCCAGCCACGAGAUCAAUGGCGAUCACUUGAAAGUCUGCCCUCAAGGCUAUACAUGCUGCUCCCAAGAAAUGGAAGAGAAAUAUGGCCAGCAGAGUAAACACGACUUCCGCAACGCCGUCGUCGAGCUCAGCAGCAAUUUGCAAGCCGUUUUCAGCUCCCGGUACAACAAGUUUGAUGAAUUCUUCAGAGAGCUUCUCGAGAAUGCCGAAAAAUCCCUGAACGACAUGUUUGUAAGGACUUACGGCCUGCUGUACAUGCAGAACUCGGAAAUGUUUAAGGACCUCUUUGUGGAGCUGAAGCGCUACUACCUGGGCAACAGCGUCAACCUGGAGGAGAUGCUCAACGAAUUCUGGGCCCGGCUCUUGGAGCGCAUGUUCCGCCUGGUGAACCCCCAGUACCACUUCUCGGAUGAGUACCUGGAGUGCGUCAGCAAGUACACCGAGCAGCUCAAGCCCUUCGGGGACGUGCCGCGCAAGCUCAAGCUCCAGGUGACCCGGGCCUUUGUGUGCGCCAGGACCUUCGUCCAGGGCCUGGCCGUGGCCAGAGACGUCAUCGGCAAGGUGUCCCCGGUCAACCCCACCCCGCAGGGUGUCCAGGCCUUGCUGAAGAUGAUGUACUGUCCGCACUGCCGGGGAUUGGUGGCCGUCAAGCCCUGCUACAACUACUGCUUCAACGUCAUGCGGGGCUGCCUUGCCAACCAAGGAGAGCUGGACACCGAGUGGAACAACUUCAUCGAUUCGAUGUUGAUGGUGGCUGAACGGCUGGAGGGACCGUUCAACAUUGAAACCGUCAUGGAUCCCAUUGACGUGAAGAUCUCCGACGCCAUCAUGAACAUGCAAGAGAACAGCAUGCAGGUCUCCCAAAAGGUUUUCCAAGGAUGUGGACAGCCCAAAAUGCUGGCCCAAAGCCGGACAUCUCGCUCGGUCUCCGAAAGCAGUUUCAGCGCCCGUUUUCGACCUUACAACCCAGAGGAGCGGCCGACGACAGCGGCAGGAACGAGUUUGGAUCGGUUGGUGACAGACGUGAAGGAAAAGCUGAAGCAAGCCAAGAAGUUCUGGUCGUCCCUUCCCAGCAACAUCUGCAGCAACGAUAAAAUGGCCGCCGGGAAUGUCAACGAAGACGAGUGUUGGAACGGGAGCGACAAAAGCAGAUACGUCUUUGCCGUGACGGCUAAUGGCCUCGCCAACCAGGCAAACAAUCCCGAAGUGGUGGUCGACACCUCCCGGCCCGACAUGGUGAUUCGCCAGCAGAUCCACUCCCUUCGAGUGAUGACUGCCCGGUUGAAGAACGCCUACAACGGGAACGACGAUUUGAAUCCCAUCGACAGCGACAUGGGCAGCGGCGAAGGCAGUGGCAGCGGGUGCGGGUCGGCACAGUGCUUGCCGGAGCUCGUGUUCAACGCGACAGAAGUCACGCGAAAUACCAACAAAAUGGACAAAAAAGCCAACGCUUCGCCCAGCGGUGCCAACCUCUCGCAGGCGGCCUUCUUCCUUAGCAUCGCCUUGUUCCUGGCCGGACAGAGACAAUGGAGAUAAUAACCGGGGUGCAGUGAUGUCAGUUUUUUAAAAGGGGGGAAAAGUGACUUUUAUUAAAAAUAAUAAUAAUUAUAAUUAUAAUUAUAUAGUUAAAAAGAGGCACCUGAGCUCACUUUGAUACCAUUGGAGUGACUUUGGGGCGGGCGGAAGGGUCCUUUGUAAGACAACGAUGUACAGUUUUUAGGAUGUUGUCCCUUGGUUUUAAAUUUUUUUAAAAAAAAUUUGGUCCCCAAGUUUUUGAGGGAAAAGAGGGGGGGAUUUACACUCUUGCACACGUUCAAGGAUUUGGACCAUUUAGUCUGACCUGUUGACCGAGGAAGCCACAAUAAAUGUGGGGAAACAAAAAUUGUA